GAGAGAUAGAGAGGGGAGACAGACUGUGGAGGAGAAGACGCACAGCUUCAUCUCUGCCUGGAGAUGAGAAAUACUUUGAUCUUACACUGAGUGAACUGUCGGAUUUCACCUGUUGCCGCCAUGUAUUUUGGUAGUGUGUGUCACAGCGCUCUGCUGCCGCUGGCCCGCCCCACGCUGGGCAGGACGCCGCACCCCUCCCCGGACCCGAAGCCCCUCUUCCCCUUCCACCUGCUGCCUCGAUUCACCGACAUGGAUCACGUCCAUAAAGUUCUGAUUGGCCCCGGCUUCGGCCUAACAUCGCCGCUGAAGAGGAAGCCCAGUCCCUGUGGAGUGUGUCGACUGUUCAACUCUGAGGCGCAGGCGUCUUCUCAUUAUGUUGGCACCAAGCACGCUAAAAGGCUGAAAACGAUGGACGCCCCCGAUUCAAAGAUCAGGACCUCUGAACCAGUCGCCACGGAAACCACAUUGCAAAUUCUCCCAUCAACCUGCUCGCAGCCCUCCAGCUCUGAAACAACAUCAGGAGAACCCUCACCCCCAAACCCUACCUCAGAGAUGGCACCGUCGAGCCGUGCCCCCGCUGAAACUGAGAUUCCGCCUUCUGACCCCUCCCUGUCGCCCGGCCCUGCAACACUAGAGAAAGAGACACAAAGAGACGGAGAGAUGGACGUGGCUCCAGAGGAGGAAACAGAAGAAGAGAAAGCCAUACGUCUUCUCUACUGCUCCCUCUGCAAGGUGGCAGUGAACUCUGCCUCGCAGCUGCUGGCCCACAACACUGGCACUAAGCACAAAACAAUGCUGGAGGCAAGGAGUGGGCAUGGGGCCAUCAAGUCUUUCCCGAGGACGGGGAUCAAAACCAAGUUGGUCGUGCUGCCUGAGGUGUCAACGGGACUCCAGAACAAAACGUUCCACUGUGAGAUCUGCGAUGUGCACGUUAACUCAGAGACGCAGCUCAAACAGCACAUCAGCAGUAGGAGACACAAGGAUAGAGCAGCAGGUAAACCAGCCAAGCCUAAAUUCAGCCCUUAUACUCCCACCCAGCGUCACCAGAGUUUCCAAGCAAUUCAUCUCGCUCUGUGUAAGAACCAAGACCUGACCAAACCUUUGGCCUCCUGUCUCUUACAACGUCAGCUCUCCGUUGCCACUGCUGCCGCCAUGGCAGCGCUGCCCCCAUUCCAUCUCGGUCCUGCCACAAACUCAAGCCCCGCCCUGUUUCAGAGUCAGCCCCUCCCUCAGGCGCUGAUGCAUACGGCCCCUGGACCCAUCUGUUCAACACACACAGCGCUGCUGUUCUCCCCAUACUGACCCCGACGUCUCAAUCAGCCCUGAACUGCAGCUAAAAGCAGACGUGAGACCUGAACAAGAUGUGAUAUAAAACAGAGAUACUGUGCUCUACAAACAACAGCUACUGUGGGUGUUAAGGACCAGGACUGAACAUUAUUUGCUCAGCCCAAACCAUAAAGUGGACUGGGAUAAAGUUAAUACAAAAGCAGCGAAAGAGAGAGUGCUGUCUGAUGUGAGUGUGUGUGAAUAUGUGUGAGUGAGUGCACGCACAGAUAUAGCCAUCAUUCACUAUUUUAAGAUGCUGAUAAUUACAUGACAAUCAAUAAAAAGCCCUUUUAAAAUGGACAUUUUGAUUCAGCAUAAGAAAGGUGUUUAUGGUAAACUUUAAUGAUGUCUAUAAAUGUGUGUUUGUGUGCAGAGUAUGAAUGGCAAUGACAGCAUAGUUGACUGAAUAUGGUUAUUUUUUUCCAAUAAAACUCAGUUGUGGAUAUUCA